AUGGUGAUAGUGCUCGCGAAUCUGGCAACUCGACCAAUGGAGAAAGAGGACAUAAGGAGUCGCCUAUUAUUAGCACAGGAUGCUGAAGGCAAAAAUCAGUGUCCUGUGUUAAAUAACAAGGACUCGAUUCUAAUUUAA